AUGACACUCAAAACAUACGGAAAGAGCAAGAAGAAGGAGCGGGACCCUGUCGCCUUCUUUCCACACAGUUCCUUCGCAGAAGCUCUUACGUCAGCGGGAGAAGCAUUGUCUUCGAAGCCAGCGAUGCGCGAGAAAAAGCCUGCGUCUGUCAACAAAAACUCUCCUACCUCUCCUUCAACCGCAACGGUACCACCAGCUCCGUCCAAUGUCUCCACGGGCGUUUCUAAACGAGUCAUACUGACAAAUUUCCACGUAUUUCUGGACUUCCCAAUCGAAAUACAAAUUUUGAUCUGGCGUGCGGCAAUCCAAGCAAUCCAAAACCGCAUCAUCAUCUGGCGCUCACCCGUUGUCCCGCCCUUACUACAUGCCUGUGCAAGGUCCCGCGAACUAUUCCUAGAGGAUCACAGAGUUGAAAGAUGGCUCACUUCGGUAUUCGGCAGCGAAACGCUGUUCAUUAACUGGGAGCACGACAUAGUCUAUUUCGAGGGUAGAGUUCCAGGUAUGCAGGAAUGGGAUAUCGCGCCAUUGCGUGAUGAUAGACCGGUCCAACAGCUGUAUUCCUGGGUCCCUCAUUUCGCGUCGAGUCCGCAAACCGGUGGCAAGUGGUUGGAAGAGAUCCGGUUUAUGGCACUGAGUGUCAACAUGGUGAAGUGGUUCUUUGCGCCUCAGAGGGUUUCUGGAGAAAUUGGUUGGGAGGUUCUGCAUAGGAUGUGUCCGAAGUUGAAGAUCUUGUACGUUAUCUGCGGUAGAAGAGAGCUCAAUAACCGUGAUACCCUUCGAAGUCUCUCCAGGAUCCGGACUUUGAAUGCUGUCAACACUGCCUGGAGCUUUUGGGAUAUCAAGAAUAGCAGAGCUGCUUUUAACGCUGCAAAAAGGAUGGGAGUGCUUACAGAGGUAGAGCUAAGGUUCAUGGACGUACGCGAUACGAAUGAGCAGCUGAAGGAGCAUGUUGUCGUUGUGAAGAAGCAGAAGGACGGACAAGCAAAGCAGGAGCGCUAG